UGCCCGCCAGACUCGCAGAUCCUGGGUCGCGCAACCUGGACGUUCCUGCACACCAUGGCCGCCUACUACCCGGAGAAGGCGGAGGCGAAACAGCAAGAGAUGAUGACCAGUCUGCUCACCAGCUUCUCACACUUCUACCCGUGCGGGCGAUGCGCGUCACACCUGCGCCAGGAGAUGGCAAAGCGGCCACCGCCAGUCGACACGCGCUACAACCUGUCCCAGUGGCUCUGCCGCACGCAUAAUAAGGUCAACGUAAUGCUAGGCAAGGACGAGUUUGACUGCAGCAAGAUUGACGAGCGCUGGCGU